AUGGGGGUGUGUGUCUUCUUCCCACUGUGUCUUCCAUGCCCAGGGGCUCUCACAUAUAUAAGAGAAGCACAAUUCAUUUCAUCUUGGACCCCGGCAGACCCCAGACACAAGCAACUAAAAAUGUUUUUGCAGAGAUUUGUGACAGUAGGCGGUGCUGCCAUUGGAGCUAGAAGUACUAUGGGUGCCAUGGGUGCCAUAGGUGCCAUAGGUGCCAAGGGCACUAUGAACAAUAUCGGAAGGAGGAUGUAUCAUCCCAAGGUUAUAGAGCAUUACACGCACCCUAGGAAUGUGGGGUCUAUGGACAAGACGCUUCCUAAUGUGGGUACUGGUCUGGUUGGUGCGCCUGCGUGUGGCGAUGUGAUGAGACUGCAGAUCAAGGUUAAUGACAAGACGGGCGUGAUAGAGGACGUGAAGUUCAAGACGUUCGGGUGCGGUUCCGCGAUCGCUUCCUCCUCGUAUAUGACUGAGCUAGUGCACGGCAUGACCUUGGAUGACGCCGCCAAGAUCAAGAACACAACCAUCGCAAAGGAGUUGAGUCUGCCACCUGUCAAACUGCACUGCUCUAUGCUAGCAGAGGACGCUAUCAAGGCAGCAAUUAAGGACUACAAGUCUAAGAGAACAUCUACGACAACACUGCACUAG